AUGUUUCAGAAAUCCAUUAUAUUGCUUGCACUCACUUUGCACAGCAUCAGUGGCUUUGGACUGCAAUCGUUCUCUUCCAUCAGCAGAAGCAGCACCAAUGGUCAUGGUCGAAAAAGAAGCCCGCAAAUCCAAACUUCCUCAGGCAUUUCUUCUUCCCUGAAGAUGGGUCUGUUGGAUAAGAUUUCCAAGGCCUUUCUGCAAGAGCGGGAUGGUGACUUUGUCAAAUUGCAAGAUUCGGACGACGCUGCCGAAUCUUUGGGUCCAGCCAUUUUGCUGUACAACAUUCCAGCAGGAAUCUUGGACGAAGAGCUAGAAGACAUGUUGGAAGAUGGAGCACCAAAAUCGAGUAAAAAGGGAGUAACACUGCAACGGAUACCCGAUAUGAACGAUCCGUUGUUGGAGCUGACGCUAGAAGAAGCUUUGGUUCGGGUUCUUGAUGAUAAGGAUGACUCAGACAGGGACGAAUCUUCUUCAUCUUCUGAUAAUUCCAGCCUAGUCGCACCGAUUGAAGCAGUCAAUCGUGGGACUCCCGUAAUGAUCUUUUCGGGAUUCCCCAAUGCCGAAAUGAUGGCUUCCUAUAAUAUCAUUGCCGAAGAAAUCUUUCGGGAGAAUGGAGGCCGAGCGGCCUGUGCCAAGGCAGUGCCAAAUGCAUUGCCCAAGCCAUUGCGACAAGUCGUCGAAGAGAUUUCGGGUGAUCAUCAGAAUGCUCUAGCGAUGUAA